AUGUGUACAACAGAAACCUGCUCGCUCCUCAGGCGCUGCGAAAGUGCGCCUUCCGUACCGCCAGCAGAUGAAGACUGGCCAGCGUGCGAAGUUCAGGACGGCUUUCUGUCCGGAUGUGGCAUCCCGCAGUCCUGUGUGGCGCUGGAGGCAACAGAGGUUUGGGAUGAUUGCAUUUUCGACAACUCUCACUGUGGCGAAAUGGUGCCCAACAGCUUCUGCGAGGUGCGAUGCCGAGCACCUUAUGUUGGCGAUCCCACUUUUGCAAGGUGUCCGACUUUCAAUAUCAUCCCGAAUCAGCCAGUCGACUGGUCCCCUCCGGUUUGCAUUCUUGACUGCCCGAUGCCAGAUGUUAUUCCGGAGGGAUAUGAGCUGGUUCGUGCGGGUGAUCCUGGCGUGGAGAUUUUGGACGAAUGGCGCUGUGCCCCAGGCUACGUAGGCCAAGCAGUAUCCAGGUGCAUCUUCGACAAUGAAACGGAGUGCGGCGUGGGACAGGUGCUGUCUGGAUGCCUGAAGCUGGAGCCAUGCGUGCUUCCUUCCAUGGCACAUUGCAGCCUGAACUUCUCCGAGUGCCUGGAGCUGGGCCCCGGCGAGUCUUGCAUGGUCACCUGCAAGGCAAGUUAUGCUGGCUUCAUCCGGCCACCCAUGGAGCAUGAGGAGGAGGACGAGGACGAGAACUUGAGCAACUUCAGCAAUCUCAGCAACGACAGCAAUCGCAGCUUCGUCACCAACGUGUCCAAUACAACUAUGCCGUGGCCUCUCGAGCCUUCACUGCUGCCCAGCGAUGGAGUCAUGGGCUCAUGCCCUGCUGGGAACACCAUAGCAGGACGGGAGUUCGACAUGAUAGAGCUGAUCUGUGUCUUCGAAGACUGCAUUGAUCCUGAGCCCGUCCCGGAACCUUUUGUGAAGGUUCAAGUCAGCAACUCCAGCGAGGACAGCUGGCAGUGUGCAGAUGGCUUUGCCGGGAAUGCCACCGCCACUUGCGUCAUGCGGGAGGACUGCGUAGGCAGGUCAAGUUGCGUUGCUUUUGACAGGAAGGAACCCAUUGCAUGA